UGCGGAAGUUCUGGCUAGCCAAAGUGUGCGAGGGUGCCUGUCUUCACAGGGCUACCUGCAGCCCGGGGGGCAGAUGUGGGGUCGAUCUGAACCAGCGCCAACUGUGUGUUUAUAAGGAUGUUUGUGUUUGGACGCAUGGCCUCAUCCGACACCUCCACACUCGUGCAGCUGUGCAUGCAGAAGGUUGCGCGUCACAUGGAUGUGCUGGAGGAACGAGCUCGCGACUUGCCGGCUUCACUCCUCAAAGACCUGAUGCCUCAUUUGAACAUGUUCUACCUGGACAGGAUCGAACAGGCUGCUCAUCUGAAAGGAAUCUCUGUGUCAUCUGCUUGGGCAGCAAAGUGGAGGGAGCUGAAUCGUACAUGGCGCUGCAAACUGAAGUUUAUGCCGCCUGAAGCAGACUGGAAGCAGAAAUGCAUGGAGAGCUUUUUCCACACCGUCCUGCUGAGACCGACCCUAGCGCAGGACCCGCUACCGAAGGUCAGCGCUUACGCCCUUCUGUCCGUGUCGGCCCAGUACGUGCGGGUGCUCUCUCUCCAGACGACAGCCCGAGACGUCUGCGCACGCCUGGCUUCCGAGGAGCUGCGACCCGUGCUGCACGUCCUGGAGAAGAGCGUGAGGUGCGUCCGGCUGCUGGACGCCAGGACUCUGCUCAAGCGUGGACGCACAGACGUGCUGUUCGUGCUGCACCGUCUGAUUGACCACGGGGCCGUGACGGAGGUUGUACUCAAGAGAGCUCCCGAUCGCGCCAUCUUGAGCUGGAUUACCGCCAGGUGUAGAGGCCGCCACCGGAUCCGUUCAGCACCGGCGGGAAGCUGUCGGGAUGAAGCUCUCUGGGCGCGGGAAGGACCUGCUGCAGCCAAGCGUUCCCGGUUGUGCCUGCUCGCGGAUGAGGAGAUGGGCAGCGAAUUCUCUCCCUCCUGCAGCGUUCCUGGGAGAUGUCCCGAGGGCCAGGUGCAGUGUCUGGACGUGGAAGUUCAUACCUUGAGCACAGUGUCCUACCUGCUACCUGACUGCACAGGCCUGCACUCCUGUCAUCUCUACUGCAGCCAGCCGCUGUGGGAGAACGAGGUGGCGGACCUGCUGGAGUCCCUCAGAAAGCUGUUUCUGAGGCCCCACUGCUGCCUCAGAGACCUGAGCAUUGGGAAUGUAUGUGAGCGGGGUCUCUUGGCCAGGGUGCUGAACACCUGUCCCGCGCUGUACAGCCUGUCUCUGGAAAUCAACCCGCCACAGGACACCAGCUGCUCUGCAUGGAACCACAGCCUACAGUUCAGCACCAAACUGUCUCUUGAAAAGCUGUCAUUGAAAUCAUCUGAGAGCCAGAUGAUGGUGGAGAGCUUUCCAGCUGUGCUUCAACACGUUCCAAUGCUGAGCACGCUUCACGUCACGGGAGUACGUCAUGCCCGAGUGCUGCUGCAGAUGCUGCCAGAGUUCAAUCCUCUCUUGAAAUGCCUAACUUUGGAAGACAUGAGCUUGGCAGACUGCCACCAAGAAAUCAUUCAUCUUCUAGAGAAUUCCAGUCUGCAGGAGCUGUCCUUGAAAGACUGCAGACUGCUUGAAAAAUGUGCAGAGAAGAAGGCCUUCCUAGCGCUGCUUGUGGCGGCAGUGAAGGGGUUGUCUUCUCUCCGCGCUCUCUCGCUGUGUCAGAACCGGCUGGCAACAAGUGUCAUCGAGAUAGCAGAUCUGUUUUUAGGAGAAUGUACCAGCAAAAUAACUAAAUUAGACCUGAGCUCAAACUUUAUUCUACCCGCUGACCUGUUGGAGUUCAGUCGGAGGAUGGACGUGUACCGCCCCACCCAGCGACUCACGCUGGACCUGCGCUUUAACCCUCUUGAUCGUGACCCUGAGUUGAAAGGUCAAGCACUAGGAAAGCUCCUGCCCUGCUGUAAUGUUCUGACUGACGGCUGGGACUCCAGGUCCACUAUGGCGGACCACGUGAGCGUGAUGUGAGGAGCGACACACUACGUCCACACCACCCACCCUAUUGAGCACCUGACGCUGUCCUCUUUACCUACAGGCUUGUAGGUACAGGUGUGUAGUAGCUAGUUUAUUGUCAGUGUUUGGGCUCACUGUGGAACAACACAAACCUCCCUCCCCUCACCCCCCCUUCACUCAGCAAGGCUGAGUGGCACUGGGGACAGCCAAUCACGGAGGCUUUUCCUGCAGCAUGGGUGGGCCCAGAAACAAAACUGAUAUCGGGUGGCGUAAGAAAUCCUGGGAUUGAUAAAAACGACUUGAAAGGAGAUGGAAGGCCAGGUGGUAAUUUGGGGACCGUUUCUGCUGAUGCACUUUUGAAAUUUUCACGCAACACAAAAAGGACAGCUGGUGUUUUCCAUUAGUGUUUAAAAAAGUGCUGCUGAUGCUGAGAUCAGUCUCCUAUGUGCUUUAUAGUAGCCUCUGUAUUAAAAUAAUCUUAAUUCAGAUACAUUUUUAUUUAACUUUUAUAAGUUAUGCAAAAUGAAUAAACAUGCAUU